AGCCUUUCGGUCGGAUGGCAACACUUGGUCCGGGUGGCCACGCUUUGUCUCUUAAGACGCAUAAUUUCACUUAAUAAAUACAAGAAUUUUUAAUAUUGCAAUUAUAAAAACGCAUUUAAAGUGCCGCAAAAAAGAUGUGAUAUAUUUAAAGAAAGCCAAGAUUUAUCAAAAACGCGAUAAUGUGUAUUGAAAAACCGUGUGGUCAGCUAAAAAGCUGCAACAGUAGCGGAAAAUAAAUUACAUACAUACAUGUGCAUGAAUGCACACAAUCACACACGCAUCGAUGCAUAUGAAUACAUAAUAAUAUAUAUAACAUGAAAUAUUAAGGUUCUAAGACUUAAAAGUGCAACAAAAAGUAGUGUACCAGAAGGGCAUUAAAUAUAUGUAUUUAAAAUUUGUAAUUUGCCAAAGUGACAACGUACAUUUCUUCAACGGAAUACUUAUUGUGCCAAAUUAAACCAGAAAUUCUGUAAACCACCGCGCGUGUUUAGUUACGUAUACAUUUUGUAUUGUAAACAAGUUACAGCGAUAACACAGUAACAAUGUCCAAAUACGAUUUUGUGCUUUAUCUUGUGGCGCAGCUUAUUAUAGGCUGCAAUUUGCUGCAACUGGCCGAUGGCGCAAUUCUGCCCGAUGGCCAUAACAUUAACUGCGAGCAUUAUGAUGAGAAGGAUUGCAAUUCGGGCAAGGAUUGCACCACCACCAUUGAGCAUUGCCAGGUGGAGGGGGACAAAUUCCCCAGCUGUUAUGCAUUAUGGAGCGCCGACGAACUGACGGGCAUCAAGAAAAUCAAGAUGAAGGGCUGCUUUACGGAGAUGCACGAGUGCAACCAGACCGAUUGCGUUACAAGCGCUGAUCCGCGCCAGGGAAACAUACAUUUCUGUUGCUGCAAGGGCUCCAUGUGCAAUUCUAACCAUCGGUGGAUACCGACCACCACAGAGUCAACAACUCAAGUGCCCAAGGAGAAGACGCAAGAUAACAACAAUGUGAUUUAUUAUAUCAUUGGCGCUUCGUUAUUUGCUGUACUUGUGGUCGUAUUGAUAUUUUGCCUGGCCUUUUAUCGGCGUCGCAAGCAAGCACAUUUUAAUGAGAUACCCACGAAUGAGGCUGAAAUAACAAACUCAUCGCCGCUACUUAGCAAUCGACCCAUACAACUGCUGGAACAAAAGGCAAGCGGUCGUUUUGGCGAUGUGUGGCAGGCAAAGCUGCACGGUCAGGAUGUGGCCGUGAAAAUCUUUCGCAUGCAGGAAAAGGAAUCGUGGACUACUGAGAAUGAUAUUUACAAAUUGCCACGUAUGCGACAUCCAAAUAUUUUGGAGUUUUUGGGCGUUGAGAAGCAUUUAGAUAAGCCGGAGUAUUGGCUGAUAUCCACAUAUCAGCACAAUGGUUCACUAUGCGAUUAUCUAAAGUCGCAUACGAUUACCUGGUUGGAACUGUGCCGCAUCGCCGAGUCCAUGGCAAAUGGAUUGGCGCACUUGCAUGAGGAGAUACUGGGCAACAAGGCAGAGGGUCUAAAGCCUUCAAUAGCACACCGUGACUUUAAGUCGAAGAAUGUUUUGCUCAAAGGCGAUUUGACGGCUUGCAUUGCGGACUUUGGACUGGCCAUGAUCUUUCAGCCGGGCAAACCAUGUGGCGAUACUCACGGCCAGGUGGGAACACGUCGUUAUAUGGCUCCAGAAGUGCUCGAGGGUGCCAUUAAUUUCAAUCGAGAUGCCUUUUUGCGUAUCGAUGUCUAUGCUUGUGGAUUGGUACUGUGGGAAAUGGUUUCACGUUGCGAAGUCGUUGGACCAGUGGGCGAGUAUCAACUUCCAUUCGAGGCAGAACUUGGUCAGCGACCCACACUCGAUGAGGUGCAAGAAAGCGUUGUUAUGAAAAAGUUGCGUCCACAUUUGCUCAGCACUUGGCGCACUCAUCCGGGACUCAGCAUAUUUUGCGAUACAAUGGAGGAGUGCUGGGAUCACGAUGCCGAGGCACGUCUUAGCUCCUCCUGUGUGAUGGAGCGCUUUGCACAACUUAACAAGUAUCCGACAACGCAGCUGCUCAUCAAGAAUCACACCAACAUUGAAGAUGCAAAGGAGACCACAAAUUGCUUAUAGAAUCGGUACUAAAUCACAGCUAACGCCCGUGAGCUGUGAUUUGAGCCAAUCCCAAACAUUGAUACAAUUUUUUAGUUUUUGAAUUCAAUAUCUUAGUUUUACAUUUAUAUUGUGCGUAGGCAGCUUUUAGCAUAUACAGAAAGUGUAUUGUGCUGCAAUUAUCCGCACAUUGGCAGCUGCCAUUCAUUCAUAUUUACACUCGACCCUGACCCCAUUUAGACAUUAGCUUAGCUUAAGCUAAACAAAGAACAAAGUGUUAAAUGUAAUCUAGGCUAGAGAGAUUUGAAAUUUUUCAAACUAUCUUGCCUGGGCAAUUGGAAAAUGGAUAAGUCCAAAAUUCACUAGAUGCUCAAACAUAUUGAAUGCCUAUGUUUGUAGUUCACUUCACAUUAACUUCAUUGACUGAUAUCUAUACAUAAAUUUGUUUUAUUAAUUCUUGUUUUAGUUUGCUUAAUUAUUGCCCAGAAUAUUAACAUUGGUAACCCUGUAAGAUGUUAAAUUAUUUGCCAAGCCCAGCCAUUCUCGUUGAUGUCCUUUUCAUUUAAGAGUUGACAAACUUCUCGAUAGCGUAUUUAACAGUUAAGUUUAAAAUUUAAAUCUAUUUUAAUGCUUAUUAUGUAUUUACACGUAUCGUUUUAUAAUUUCUUGCACACAAGUGUGCUUUAAUGUUGUAAUUUGAAUAAAUACUUUAUAAGGUUUCAUUUGAGAUUUUAUAUUU